GAUCGUAUAGUACGCGGCGCUAUAUUUUUGUCGUAGCCGGCAUUUGGUGCACAUUGAAACAGUGGAGUACGUCUAGGAAGUUACUUCAUCCAAGUACAAAGUCCUGGUUUGCUUUCACUAUCAACAUAGAACAAUAGUGUAUAUUAUUGAUCUGAGCUGAGUAUGAACAGAGGUCAAGGGUUUUGGUGUACAAAUGCUUUGGACGGAAGUGUGAUUCUGAAGCUGUUGUUUUGAAUUAACUACUGCGUGUUCAGUCUGCUGAAGGUGAUUCCGGCGCAUGCACAGUCGACGAGUGUCUCAAUCUGCUCAUUCAAUAAUCACAUUACUGGAUUCACUGGUCGCGAACAUAACGGAGUAAAAUUUUAAUUUGGGACUGGAGACUGGCCCGGUAGCAAUUAAUUCAAAAUGGCGCCACGAAACCACAUCUACUCCGGGAUGGGAUUGGCCCCAGACGACGGGACUACGGAAGAUGUAACCGAGACAGACUCCGUUCAGACGGCCGAGCUGCUGGUAGACAAGCAGCCCGUUGAGGAAGACGUCCGGACAAUAAUAGUGUGGCGUAACGUCUUUAUCAUGGCCAUGCUGCACAUUGCAGCCGUGUAUGCCUUCUUUGCACUGACGUGGAAGUGUAUGGCAUACACUCUCCUAUGGGCUAUUUGGCUUUAUCUGUGCUCCGGCAUUGGCAUAACAGCAGGGGCACAUCGGCUGUGGGCUCAUCGCACAUACAAAGCAAAGCUCCCUCUACGGAUACUCCUUGGAAUGUUUAACUCCAUAGCACUCCAGAAUGACAUCUACGAGUGGUCACGUGACCACCGGGUUCACCACAAGUACUCGGAGACCGAGGCCGAUCCACACAACGCCACAAGAGGGUUCUUCUUCGCUCACGUCGGCUGGCUCCUUUGCCGAAAACAUCCUAAGGUGAUCGAAAAAGGGUCUAGAAUUGAUCUUCGUGACCUCUUGGAUGACCCAGUGGUGAAAUACCAAAGAAAGUUCUAUCUCCCGUUGAUUUUGUUCUUCUGUUUCAUCUUACCGACCGCUGUACCGGUGAUCUGCUGGGGAGAAUCCAUCUGGAAUGCCUUUUACGUAGCUGGGCUGCUACGCUACUGCUUCACUCUCAACUGUACUUGGAUGGUAAACAGCGCAGCCCACAUGUGGGGGAACAAGCCUUAUGAUCGCUUCAUCAACCCCUCAGAGAACAUCAUGGUGUCUGCCUUCGCUGGAGGAGAGGGUUGGCACAACUACCAUCAUACCUUCCCAUGGGACUACAAGACCAGUGAGUUCGGUUUGAAGAUCAACCUCACUACCAUGUUCAUAGAUCUGAUGGCAACCUUGGGCCAGGUCACAGAGCGGAAGACAGUGCCAGAGAAAACCAUACUAGCCAGGAUGCAGCGCACUGGCUCUUUGGGUGCGGGAGUGGGAUGCGACUAAGUCCACAAACUUUGUCCUCUUUAAUCUAUGUAUUGCUGUUUAUAAAAAAGCAGUUGCAUUUGGAUUACUUUCAUGUAAAAUUAAAGAACAUUAUAAGUAAUGCGUUGUCUAGUUAAUAUUUGACCGUAUAAAAAAUGCACAGUCUCCCGAUUGCAUAACGUGACGUCAUGAAGAUGUUGCAAACUGCUUCAGUGGUGUCAAUUACCAACAAUUUGAGAGAACGAACAAGUUUGCCACACACACUCGAGACAUUGCACAAAAUGAGCAGUUAUUGUAGAUUUUUAAAGUUUUUUGAGAAUAUGGCCAGUAAUUCGACAGGCAGAGCCAAAAUUUACAAUUCCGUAUUAAAGAAUUGCUGUAUAUAAGUCAGGAACUUCUUAAAUGUGUCGGAACUUUCACAUUCUGUUCUAUUUUUCUGUUUAAAUUCUGUCUGAUAAUUUUCAGCGUUCCGGCCGGAGCCAUUGCUGAAGUCAUCAAU